AUGUCGAGUCAGGCCGGUUGGAACUCAGUGACGGGCAUUGCGACCCUGUUGCUGGAUGGCAAUUUGGUUGCCAUUGUCAUUGCGAUUGUGAUUGCUUUUGGUGUUCCUGUGUUUUUGCAUCUCGUCUUCUACCGUGCAGCAGCGUCGCCGCCGUCAAGUAACUUCCUCCUGUUGGGUCCCAGCGGAGCUGGCAAGACAGCUUUCACGACCUUGCUCGAGUCCAAAUCUUCACUGGGUCCCAAAAAGUCGACCAGUACUCACACCUCCCAGACCUCGACACUCAUCACUGUCACUCUGCCCCCGACUGUCCCCACGGCCUCAAACCGCUACCGAUCCGUCAAUGAUCCCUCUCUGAAAGAAGCCUCGAAGAACCCGGUCAAGUACCGCCUACGUGACACUCCCGGCCAUGGCAAACUGCGUGCCUCGCAGGGCAUCGCCGAGCUCCAGGCUAUGGCCACAUCCACCGACACCAAGACCAAGCUCCGUGGCGUGAUCUUCAUGGUCGACACCGCCGCUCUGGUAGACGAGGCCACCCUCCGGGAUACCGCAACUUACUUGCACGACGUUCUUCUGGUCCUCCAGAAGCGGGCGCUGGGGAAGGGCAAGUCAUCCACGAAACGGGCGGCUGAGAUCCCCGUUCUGGUUGCCGCGAAUAAGCAAGACCUGUUCACGGCUCUGCCUCCCGGAUCGGUACGGGAAAAGCUAGAAGCGGAGAUUGAUCGUAUCCGCAAGUCCAAGACUAAGGGACUCAUGGACGCUAGCAUGGACAGUGCUGAACUGGAUGCCGAGGAUGAUGACGUCCUGGGCGAUGAUGAUGCCCAGAGUGUCUUUAGCUUCACGCUUCUGGAACAAGUCGGCAUUAAGGUUGAUGUGACUGGUGGUGCCGUCAAGGGUGACCAGCAGGAGGAGUUUGGCUCUGGCGUGCGUCGCUGGGAAGAGUGGGUGGGCAUGUGUUUGUGA